AAGUGCGUGGAUAGUGGGAGCGACCGAUUUUGUCCUAAGGGAGUGUCCCCGUGACCCAUACGAGUAAAACCUUGAAAUUUAAUGCACGUGGAGUGUCACCUUUCCUGAUGAGGACCACUGGAAACCGAUCAAGGACUAGGGGAUCGGAACAGUCAUUCGAUUUGUACUCCUGAAGCAGUUCACAACAGACCAAGAUACUCUGCGGUAGAAUGCCACCUGUUCUACCCCAAGAACUUCUCGACGAAAUUAUCUCUUACCUCUCCCAUCAUGAUCUCCCGUCACUCGCUCUCGUUAACAGGAACAUCCAAUCUAUCUCAUAUGCACGCCUCUAUCGCGUGAUUCCGCCCUUGCCUCCUCGGAGCACCGUUUUGUUGCUCAAAGUUCUCUCAAAACGCCCAGCGCUGGCAGCUAUCACACGAAUGUGCACCAUUUCCGAUCUCAGGUCCUACAGUCUGGUUACGUGGACAAUAUCCUUCUUCCAGCUCAUGUCUAGAGCUUUGCACAAUAUGCACAACCUUAUUGAUCUAAGGGUGUACAUCAUUGGGCAGUACGCUUCGUACCUGAUGGGUUGUCCAUUCAGAUUGACAACCCUACGAGUAGCUUGCGAUUGGGAUCAGCAGCUCGUAGACUGGCUGCGAGAACAAAACACCGUUACCAAUAUCUGGGUGUUCAGCAUUCGACAUGGUGCCGCGGAGGUUACGCCAGACGUCCUGCCUUCAUUGCGACGCGCCCUAGGAUCAGUAGUAUCGUUAUCUGCGCUUGUUCCAGGGAGACCUUUGGAGGCUGUCGACGUCAGCUUUCCUUCACCCGAAGGGUUCACCCCAGAAAUACUUGCUCUCACAUGCAAAGUUCUCGCACACUCUUCUAGCCCAAUCGCAGAACUGUUUGUGACGGCAGACCUGACCGAUCUUGAAGUCCCUCAUAUGCUGGAAACUCUAAAUGUUAUUCCUGACGAGUUGCCGGGCUUGCAGUCGUUUGGCCUCUUUGCUGCCAGGGGGUUCAUAAGCGCCGCAUUCGUCAACGCCUUUGACGAAGUCCUUUGCAACUUCAAAGGCCUCAAGAAAAUGUCGAUAUACUCAUCUCAAUUACACGAUGCUCUCAAUGAUUAUCUAGUCACAAAGGAUCUUCCGGUCCACUGGCACAAAGCAUGUCCUACGUUGGAAUCAGUUGACAUCAAUGGAAUUCCUUGGUUAUACGAUCCCAGUCAUGGAUGGAUGACAACGGAGGCCUAUAAGCUCACCAUACUUGACUUGUUGAACGAUGCAAAGAAGGAGGAAGAGUCGUUACGCAGGCGACUAAGGGAGUUGACAUAGAUGGUGCCCUUGUACGUUUGCACAGUCUCUAUAGGCACAGUGCAAAUUAGUUAUCUUGAAAUCGAUGAGGGCUACAAAAUAUACGUCGAAGCACCGUUAACUUC